CACCAAGUGUAUUCUACAAUUAUUUCCGAAUAUGAAAACACAUCAUGGAUUUUUUAACCUGUACGAGUAAUGUAUUUUCAUAUUUACAAUUUUAUUUUUAUUAAUUUAUUUAUUUUUAUUUAAUUUAUUUUUUAAAAGAGGACACCCCUAUAAAAAAUUUCUGGGUCCGCCACUGGGUGCAAUUCAAUGUGACUUCCCAUAAAGUCACCCAUCAUUGUUGUACUCCGCACAUAGCACGUUUAACUUCGAAGUUCUUGUGAGAACUCCUCCGUUUCACCCUUAAUUUUUUCGACUAAGAUAUUGUACACUUUGACCCUCGACUCUCACGGUUUUUGACUUGGGGUGCAAUUCAAAGUGACUUAUCAUAAAGUACCCAUUCUUGUUGUACUCCGCACAAAGUAUGUUUAACUUCGGAGUUGUCAUAAAAACUCCUCUGUUUCACUUCAAAACGCGUAUUGUCAAUUAAAAUUAAUUUCUUUAGUGUGAAUCAUAAAUCUCUCAUAUACUUAGAUGUGAAAUUCGCCCAAUAUGUUACAAUAUACAUGAAUCAAUAAACUUGACUUGGACCAUUAAACUUCGUCUCGUUUACGUUCUUCCCCUUCUUUUUUCUUUUUUUUGGUAAGAACGUUCUUCCUUCUUUGAUCCUUCGUCGACACACUAUUCACGUUCACUUCCCUUACCCGUCUUCGCCAGUUUAUCUCUCCAUCGUCUUCUUAUCAAGCAAAUUACCAAGUCAAAACCCCAACCGCUCCCCCGUCCGCCAUGGAAAGGCCACCGGCGAAGAAGCGGCGAGAGAGCAAGAACCAUCAAGAAAUCCCAAAUCCGAUCAAUUCCAAUUUCUCCUCUCUCAAUCCUCCCACCAGCACCAGGGAUCCUAUUCCCUUCGAUGUAAUCUACGACAUCUUCACAGCCCUCCCGGUAAAAUCCCUAGUCCGUUUCCAGUUCCUCUCCAAAUUCUGCCAUUCCAUCAUCAACGACCAAACCUUCGCCCGCUCCCACCGACCCAUUACCAAACCGGACUCCGGCCUCCUCAUCACUUUCCCCACCAAGCUCCAAACCGCUCAAACAUUCUACAUCUCCGGCCUCAACGGCGGCUCCGCCACCCACCGCCUCACAAUCCCGCCAAGAUUCUCGCGCUACACCACCCACUCCAUCAACGGCAUCGUCUGCUUGGACUUCGGCCUCACCGCCGUCGUCUGUAACCCGAGCACGGGGCGUUCCACUACGCUUCCUUUUGUCUCGAACCCACGCGCGACUCCCGCUCCUCCCACUUAUUACUGUGUGAAUUCAUUUGGGUUCGAUCCGAUUUCCCAAAAUUACAAGGUCUUGAACUCGUGGAGGAUCCACGGGAAGCAGGAGACGGAGUACAGAGUGUUCACCGUUGGCGGGACGGCGACGUCCUGGAGAGAGCUGGAGAGUGGGCCUCCUUACUACCCUCAGCGGGAGAGCCUUUGCUUGAACGGGGUAGUGUAUUUCAGGAGCUGGGGAGAUUCGAGCAAGCGAGCGCAGGCCGUAAUGGUGGCGUUUGAUGUUCGUGAAGAAAGUUUCAAGGAAAUCCAACUCCACAGGAAUGCACCGUUAGAUGCUGCUACAUCUUGUCUGGCGAAAUUGGGAGGCCGUGUGGUUAUAGCUAAGUUUGUUCAAGUUCAACAGGAUGCUAAGCUGACGUUCUGGGAGUUGGACGAUUCUUCUCGCAAAUCUGUUUGGGUGGAGCGCAGCUUUUUGUUCACUUCGUGGACGCCGGCGGUGGAUUCUUCAUUGUUCGUGGUUGUUGGACAGGCUUCUGGCGGUGAUUCAGCAGAAGAUGAGAUUGUGAUUGCGCCGAGGGUACUGUCCAGCCCUCUGCUACUGUGUUACUACAAUCGUGUGAAAUCAACGUUCAGAUGGGUUGAGGUCUCUGGCUUGCCUCCUUAUGAUCCAUUUGAUCUCUCUAGUAAUUCUGUUAUGGUGACCAAUUAUGAAGAGAACAUAUGGCCAAUUGCCCCUGCUUCCAAAUCAUGACAUCUUCAGCAACAGAUGCUCGCUGCUGUCGCUGAAUGCAUUAUUGCGUAUAGAUAGAGAUGAAAAAGCUGAUAUAUUUAGUUGUUAUUAGUACUUACAAUUGAUUUUGGUUUAUAGGUUUUGUUGCAGAUUUUCUUGUCUAUCAGGAAAACCAGCAACUAGCUAUUUUAGGUUUCCAUAUCAUUGACAUUGCAGACUCUGGUUUAAUUGGCUGAUGUAUGAUACUUUUGAGACUUCUGAAUUCUGAACGUCUAAUGAUACAAGUUGACGAAACCACAUCGAGUUGACAGUAGUGCCUGCCUGCACUAUUCUGCUUUAUACAAGCUCUGAGCAUUCUUUUGGAAAUAGUGAUUUUAUGACCUUCAAAUGAAGGGAAAAUCUAUUC